CCCGUCCGCGCAGGGAGGGCCAGCCGAGGAAGGGCCGGGAACCUUCGCCCUGCAGCGUGGAAGCAGCCGCCAAGCAAGCACGGAAUCACGAUGGAUGCUCCCGGAUUUGAAGAACUGCUGGCCAGAGCAAAAGCUGGAGAACCGAAGUCGCAGACAGAGGUGGGGAAGCACUACCUGAAGCUGGCCGAAGAGCAGGAUGAGGAGCUGAACAGCUGCAGCGCGGUGGAGUGGUUGAUCCCAGCGGCCAAACAGGGGCAGAAGGAAGCCCUCCAGAUCCUGCGAACCUGCUUGGCGGAAGGAAAAGGCAUCACUUCAGAAAACGUGCAAGAAGUGAAACAAUUGUUAUCCGAGACGAAUUUGGAAAGAGCGGUGAGAAAAGCAGCUUUGGUCAUCUACUGGAAAUUAAACCCGAAGAAGAAAAAGGAAUUGGCUGUUUCAGAACUAUUAGAAAAUGUUGGAGAAGUGGACAGUGAGGGCCAGGGAGACCAGCCCCCGGGACCACUUCCAAAGCCUGUCCAGAAGCAGAGAAGGAUGCUGGAGAGAUUGGUCAGCAGCGAAGCUAAGAACUAUAUGGCCUUGGAUGACUUCGUUGAAAUAACCAAGAAGUACGCCAAGGGUAUCAUCCCGUCAAGUAUGAUCCCUCAGGAUGACGACGACGACGAGCUGACGGGAAAGAGCCCUGAGGAGCUCCCCUUCCAACAAAAGAUCAUCAAGUAUCCCCUCCAUGCCAUCAUGGAAAUCAAGGAGCACCUGAUCGAGGCGGCCUCCAAAGCUGGCAUGCACUGGUUGUCCACCAUCGUCCCGACCCACCAGAUCAACGCCCUGGUCUUCUUCUUCGUCCUCAGCAACCUGACCAUCGACUUCUUCGCCUUCUUCAUCCCCCUGGUGAUUUUCUACCUCUCCUUCGUUUCCAUGGUGAUUUGCACCCUGAAAGUCUUCCAGGACAGCAAAGCGUGGGAGAACUUCCGCACCCUCACGGACCUCCUGCUUCGUUUCGAGCCCGAUCUGGAUGUCGACGAGGCGGAGGGGAAUUUUGGCUGGAAUCACCUGGAGCCCUAUUUCCACUUCCUGCUCUCGGUCCUCUUCGUCCUCUUCUCCUUCCCGAUAGCCAGCAAGGAAUGGAUGCCUUGCUCCGAGCUGGCCACCAUUUCCGUUUUCUUCAUGGUGACGAGUUACAUGAGUUUGUGCACCAGCGCCGAACCCUACACGCGAAGGGCCCUGCUGACUGAGGUGACUGCGGGGGCCCUCUGCCUGCUGCAAGGGGCCCCCGACCACUGGGGUUACGUGAAGCUCCUGGGUAAAACAUUUUACACCCUUCCUCUUGGCAGCGUCCUGGUACUGAACCUCAGCCUCCCCUGCCUCUUGUUCCUGUACUUGUUUUACCUCUUAUAUCGCAUGGCACGACUGAAGAAAUUCAAGGGCAUCUAUUGCUACUUGGUUCCUUAUUUGGUCUGCUUCAUGUGGUGUGAGCUCUCCGUCGUGAUUCUGCAGGAAUCGACCAGCCUUGGUCUCCUUCGGGCUUCCGUGGGCUACUUCUUAUUCCUCUUCGCCCUUCCGGUCUUAAUGUUGGGUGUCGCCCUGAUGGGUCUUUUCCAAUUCUUAAGGUGGCUAAUAACAUUGGAACUGACCAAGAUCGUGGUCACGCUCGCCCUCUGUGCGGUUCCUCUGCUCUUCCACAUGUGCACGCGGGCCAGAGUCUCCGCAGUCGAAAUGGUGACGUCCCUGACCAAGAGUUCAAUCGUGAAGCUUAUCCUGGUGUGGCUUUCAGCCAUCGUCCUCUUCUGCUGGUUUUACGUCUAUCGCUCAGAAGGGAUGAAAGUGUACAAUUCGACGUUGACGUGGAAUCAGUACGGGUUUCUCUGCGGGCCCCGGGCUUGGAAAGAAACUAACAUGGCGCGGACUCAAAUUAUAUGCAGCCACCUGGAAGGCCAUCGGGUCACCUGGACAGGGCGGUUCAAGUACGUCCGAGUCACCAGCAUUGAGAACAGCGCCGAGUCCACCAUAAAUAUGCUUCCCUAUUUCCUUGGGGAUUGGCUGAGGUGUUUGUACGGAGAAACGUACCCUGCGUGCGAUCCCAGAAACGCCACCCUGGAAGAGGAAGAACUCUGCCGCUUGAAGUACUUGACCAAGCACCAGUGUCACAUCAAGAGGUUCGACCGGUAUAAAUUCGAAAUAACUGUGGGCAUGCCGCUCGGUGGCGGGAAUGGCAACCGGGCCCCCGAGGAGGACGAUGUCACUAAGGACAUUGUGUUGAAGGCCAGCAACGAGUUCAAGCAGGUGCUGCUGAACCUGAGGCAGGGCAGCGUGGUCGAGUUCAGCACCAUCCUGGAAGGCCGCCUGGGGAGCAAGUGGCCGGUCUUUGAGCUGAAGGCCCUCUCCUGCUUGAACUGCCUGUCGAAGCUCUCCCCGGCGGGCCGGCAUGUGAAAGUGGAACACGACUGGCGGAAUACCGUUCAGAAAGCGUUCAGAUUUGCCUUCAAUUUUUUGUUCUCCCCUUUCCUGUCCGUUGCCUAUUGAGCUCUGGUUGUUAACACCAGCUCUUGGUUUUUGCAAUCAGAUUUAAUCAGGGGCGAAAUGCUACUGGUUCAGAUCGGUUCGCCUGAAUCGGUAGGUUCGGCCGAACCAGUAUUUACAACCAUCAGCUGGACGACGAUCAGCUGUGAUGCGCGAUUUAUAUUAGCUAGAAUCGUCGGAUUUCCUGCUUUCUAGCUAAUCUAAAUCGG